AUGAUCAACAUCCCGAAUGUGCCUAACGCUUCAAAGUUUCUACGGUGGAUGCAUGAAAGGGGAGCAGCGUUUCCGAAGAAAGCUGCCAAGAAGAAAGUUUUCGUGACGUGUACAAAAUGCAGUGGAGGAAAGCAGAUCAUGUACCUGCGGUCGGACAUCGAAAUGGAAUUUGUGAGCAAAGAUGUCAUAGAAAGCUCGAACGAAAGUUGA